UUAGAUAUCAUAGAUGCAUAUGUAAGCAACAAAUGUGAAAACAAUAACAUUGGAGUAAAAAGAGGGAGUAGUUAAUUACUAUAGAAUCAUAGAUAGGCAUAUAUAGCGCACCAUUAUAUAUAUACGUAGUACAUAGCUAUAUCUUACCAUUCUACAACGUAACGUGCAUGAUUUAAAUGCUAUGAAUCAAUUAUUAUUACAGGUUAUAUAGUUUUUUUUAAAGAGUUAUAAGUUAGUUAGUUAUACAAUUUGUACCUUCAAAAUGUCAUCUAUAACCGCUUACACGCCCUUAUCCCGUUAUUCCUACACCAGAAAAGACUAUGUCAAGAACGCUCCGGUGACCACUUGUAGCACCGGCGGCGCUGUUCUCAUGCGACGGUUGAAGAAAGAGACGGAGGAGGACGAGAAGAAGAAGGUGGUGGUGAUCAUGGGAGCGACUGGCUCCGGGAAGUCCCGGCUAUCCGUCGACCUCGCCACCCAGUGCUUCCCUGAUUCCGUCGAGGUGGUCAACUCCGACAAGAUACAAUUCUACCGCGGCCUCGACAUUACCACCAACAAAAUGGCAAUGGCCGACCGCCGCGGCAUUCCCCACCACCUUCUAGGGGAGCUGGACCCGGGCUCCGACAUGUCCGCGUCCGAGUACCGGGCCAUGGCGUCCGAGAGAAUAUCGGACAUCAUCGCCCGGGACAAGAUUCCUUUCGUCGUAGGCGGGUCAAACUCCUACAUAUACGCUCUCCUAGCAAAACAGUUCAACCCCGAGGUGGACGUGUUCAAGAAAGAAGACCGGUCCCCGUCGCCGGCGAGUGGUCGGUGGGAGCUUCGGUACAACUGCUGCUUCCUCUGGGUGGACGUCUUGCCGGCGGUGUUAAACCGGUACUUGGACAAACGAGUAGACGACAUGGUGAGGGCCGGGAUGAUGGAGGAGCUUGAAGAAUGGUUUCAGUCAACGGGAACCCCGGCAUCCACCGGCGGGCUGAUGAAGGCCAUCGGGGUGCCGGAGUUCGCGAGAUACGAAUCGGGCGGAAGCUUGGAGGCAUGCGUUGGUGAAAUAAAGGAGAACACAAGGGUCCUGGCGGAGAGGCAGAGGUGGAAGAUCCGGCGGUUUGGUCAAGAAGUGGCGGCGGAGGGCGGUUUGAAGAUGCAUAGGGUUGACGCUACGGCCGCUUUUGCGGCGGCUAUGAUGAUGGGUCCCGCGGGAUCAAAAUCAGAGUCUACAGAAAUCUGGGAAAAGGAGGUUUUGCAGCCAAGCAGAGAUAUUCUCAAAGACUUCUUGUCGGAUGUUAUAAUAUCGUCGGAGAAGCAGAAGCAGUACGCCUUGAGGGAGCACAUCAUAUAAAAAUCUAAUAGCUGUUCCAAUUUUCAUGUAUUUGCUUCCAAAUAUAUACACACACAUAUAGAUACAUUAUACAUAUAUGCACACAUAUAUAUGAAAUCAUAGUCUUAUAUUAUGCACGGACAGUUAUAGUCUUAUACGUAGUAGAAGUCAUAGAACCAAGUACAUAGGGUACUACACGUAUCAUAUGUUGGAAGGUACAUGUACAAUUUUGUGUUGACAC